AUGAAAAUCAAUUAUGUGUUGCCCCAACUUUUCUUGGGCAUAAUUUCUGUUCUAAACUUCGUCAAACCCGACGCCGAUCCGCUUCAAGAUUAUUGUGUUGCAGAAACAAGAAAUACCCACAAUAUGUUCCAUAAUGGGCAACCAUGCAUCAAUCCAAGACUUGCGUUAGCUUCACAUUUUUCUACUUCAGCAUUGUCCAAAUGUGGUGAUACUGGGAAUCAAUUUGGAUUUAAUGUUACUCUUACUAACAUAAAUAAUCUACCCGGGUUAAACACUUUGGGCUUAGUCAUGGCCCGAGUUGACAUUGCCGCUAAUGGUCUAAUCCCACCCCAUUCUCACCCAAGGGCAUCAGAAGUCACAAUUCUUCUCAAGGGUUCACUUCUAGUUGGCUUUGUAGACACGACUAAUCGUUUGUAUACACAACAAUUACGUGCUGGUGAUUGCUUUGUGUUUCCAAAAGGUUUGAUACAUUUUGCGUACAAUAUCGACCCCGUCAAGACAGCACUGGCUAUUUCUGGGCUAAGUAGCCAGAACCCUGGUGCCCAAAUUUCAUCCAUGGCCACGUUCAUGUCGAAGCCAUCAAUGCCGGAUGAAAUUUUGAAGAAGGGGUUUAAGGUAAAUGGCCAAGAUGUCAUGAGGAUUAGGAAGAACCUUGGUGGGUAA